CAAAAGCGUUAGAUGUGAAAAAGGUCAAACUGAAGUUCCUCCCAAGAAAAAAUACAGACGACGGCAAAAAUAUACACAAAUAAUUUGUAGCUCUUGUUAAAAGUCAUUCAGCGAUGGAGUGGGAAGGUGACGAGAAGGAGCUGAAGGCGGCCGGCGCGGUGGCCCUCGGCGGCGGUCGCGUCGGAUUUCUUAUUCGCGGUUGGGAGAUCGAGUCUCGCAAGCGUCCUAUUCUUAGCUCCUCCCUUGUCCACGAGUGGGAAGAGAAGCUUCAGACAUCGCACUUGCCAGAGAUGGUUUUUGGGGAAAGUUGUUUGGUUCUCAAGCAUGUGAGUAGUGGUGUAAAAGUACAUUUUAAUGCAUUUGAUGCUCUAUCUGGCUGGAAGCAGGAAGGGUUACCUCCGGUUGAAGUUCCAGCAGCUGCAAAGUGGAAAUUUCGAUGCAAGCCUGAUGAUCAGGUGAUACUGGAUUACGACUAUACAUUUACUACACCAUACUGUGGAAGUGCAGAUGUCGAAAUACAUGCUGAGUCUGGAAUAGGAGCACCAGUGGAAAGCAGCUGCAAUACUACUUGGGUAGACUGCCAGGAAAAAAUUGAUAAGAUUGCAUUGACGUCUAAAGAACCCAUUCUUUUCUAUGAUGAGGUUGUAUUGUAUGAAGAUGAAUUGGCUGACAGCGGUGUCUCUCUUUUGACUGUUAAAGUGAGAGUGAUGCCGAGUGGCUGGUUCCUCCUCUUGCGCUUCUGGCUCAGAGUUGAUGGAGUGCUUAUGAGAUUGAGGGAAACUCGUAUGCAUUGUACUUUUGCGGAGAAUAAAGAGACGAUUGUUCUCCGAGAAAGCUGCUGGAGAGAAGCCACCUUUAAGGGCUUAUCAUCUAAAGGAUAUCCUACUGAUGCUGCUGCGUAUAAUGAUCCUGGUGUUAUUGGUGACAGGCUACCAAUUGUCAUGCGCAAGACCCAAAAGCUUGUUAUCAGAUAAAUAUUGUAAGCUCUAUUGAGCCCUCAACAUUAAUCAUUACUGAAGAAGUAUUAUUAGUGUCCUUGAAGAUCUUUCUAUGAUGAAUGCUUCUCAUAUUCAUUUGAGGCAACCAUAAUGAGAUUGAUUGGGUACAAAAUUAGUUGUUAAUGAUGUGAAGAGAGUUUCAUACUGUAACCAUUCAGUUUAAAUUUUUCGUAUUCCUGCCUUUCGGUUGACGGAAAUAAAACACCAAAUGCUGCAUACUAGAGUAGAUAGAAACUGAAUCAUAUCAUUCCACAAUGUGUAAUUCUGAUAAAUUCUGUUGGGU